CAACAAAAGUUGGAAAUUUCAUUCUUAACAUGUUGAAAUCUCUGGGGCAGAGCGAUGGCCAGCAGCCACAGCUGCAGCUCCUUUGGGAGGACAAGGAUGUUAAGUUUGACACGCCACAUCUGCACACUCGUCUACGCACCGGAGAGAAGGUGCUGGACUACAUCUAUCACAUCGAGGACAGCAAGGGUAAUCCCGGGGACACGGGCCGCCUAAUGGUGACCAAUCUUCGAGUGAUUUGGCAUUCCUUGGUUCACAAAAAGUUCAAUUUAUCGAUUGGCUUCGCGAGGUUUGGAAACACCAGUACCCGAAUCGUGCACAUGCACUCGAAGGGCAGGAUGCCCAGUCAGGCAUUGUACAUUCUGGCCAUCAGCAAUGAGACGCGUUUCGAGUUCCUCUUCACGGAUGUGUCCGGGGAGACGGCGCGCCGUGAUCAGCCCAUCUUUGCCAGCGUCUUUGACGUGUAUCAAUUAUAUCAACGCACGUAUCUUUAUCGCGACCUGAAGCUGCGCGGAGCCAUCGUGCUCUCUGGACAACUGAUAAUCCUGCCCGAUGAGCAGGUCUACAGCCAGGUACAGGGCGUCUGGAAUCUAUCCAGCGAUCAGGGAAAUCUUGGCAGCUUUGUCGUCUCCAACAUUCGUCUUGUGUGGUUCGCAGAUGCCAAUGAGACCUUCAACAUCAGCCUGCCAUAUCUGCAGAUUGAGAGCCUACGUGUUCGAGAGUCCAAGUAUGGCCCUGCAUUGGUCAUCCAGACAGCCGAGACUGGAGGCGGCUAUGUACUCGGCUUCCGCAUCGAUCCUGCCGAGCGGCUGAACGACCUCUUCAAGGAGCUCUCAUCGCUGCACACCGUCUACAUAGAGCAGCCGAACUUUGGCAUCCACUACGAUGCCCAGGAUGCGCGCCAGCGACUGGCGGAUGCCGCUGAGGAGGCGGCCCAGGCCACGCAAUUCAAGAUCGAGAAUUUCGAGGAGCUGGACGAGCGGCAAGAGCGCGAGAUCAAUACCAAACUGAAUAGCUAUCUGGCCGAGGGUUGUGUGUCUAGCAGCAAUACGGAUCAAUCGGACAGGGAGCCGGUGUAUUGCAAGGAGCUUGGCUUUGCCAUGGAACGCAUACGGGAUGGUUACAAGCUGCAGGAUUUGUGGAAUGUCAUGCCCACCAAAAUGGAGAUAUUCGAGGAAUGAUCUGGAAGAAAGAUCAAAAGGAAAACAUAUACAGGAAAGAUAACUGAAGGAAUGGCACAUAAUAUUUACAUAAAUAGAUUUAUAUUAUUGAAAACAAACAAGAUUUAGAUCGAAAUACAUGUACAAUGGAAAGCAAAUAUUAAACUAAACAUUCACUUGGUAAGAGAGUAAAUUUGGAUGCUUAGGAAAGGAUAUUACAUGAAGAUACAUUUGAGUAUAGCGAGACUCAGCACGAAAUCCCACA